AUGUCAAUCGGAGGUGGCUAUAAUUAUUCAUAUAUCUUCAAAUAUAUAAUUGUUGGCGACAUGGGAGUAGGGAAAAGCUGUCUUAUGCACCAGUUUACAGAAAAAAAGUUUAUCCCUGAUUGCCCGCAUACAAUCGGUGUUGAGUUUGCUACGAAAAUAGUGGAAGUAAAUGAUCAAAAAGUAAAGAUCCAAAUAUGGGAUACCGCUGGGCAAGAGCGCUUCAGGGCCGUUACUCGGUCAUACUAUCGGGGCGCUGCUGGGGCACUUCUUGUGUACGAUAUUACUCGAAAGCCAACUUUUAACCGAAUUCAGACGUGGUUAACAGACGCUCGGCGGCUGACUUCACCCAACACAGUCAUAUUCCUUAUCGGGAAUAAGGCGGACCUGGAAGAGCAGCGUGACGUCACUUAUGAGGAGGCUAAACAGUUAGCUGAAGAAAAUGGUCUUAUGUUCUUGGAAUGUAGCGCAAAGUCAGGUGCCAAUGUAGAAAAUGUGUUCAUCGAAACUGCUCGAAAAAUAUUCCAAAAUGUUCAAGAUGGAAGUGUAUAUCUUAACAGCGUCGAUGGAGGCGUAUUAAGUAAAGGCUCACUGGCUGCAGGCACUGGUCGAAAUAAUGUUGAGCUUAGCAUUCAACUUCAAGCGAUAGUGGAACUCGACAAGGCGGAUGUGCUUGUUGAACUGUGA